GCCUAACUCCACCUACCACCCCUCCUCACAAGGCCAGCCAAGAAAACUCUUUUAGGACUUCGCCAAAGCCCAAGGCGUCAUGCCAGACUGUUAUGCCACCUUCCCCGAAACCUUCCAUCUCUCAAGGACACAAUUUGUUCUGGAAGGUUCCAGAGCAGUCGGAGCUGUACGCGCAGCUGAGCAAGACCAGUGGGCUUCCCGUGGGUCAAGAGCAGAGGAAGGCCAGGCGGCUGGGCCUGAGGCUGUUCGGCGACCACGACUACUGUCAGCUGGUCAUUUCUCAGACGGAACGAUGCCUCAGCCGCCCCUGGGAGCUGCAGGAUUCCAGCCAGGUGGACCUCACGGGCUGCCUGCCUGGACACUGGUGCCACAUUUGUUCUUCCUCCGAGCAAAACAGCCAGGAGGACGAGAGAGAAAGUCCUCAGGCCAGGAAGCAGGACUUACCGUCCAACAGUCGGAAACAGCUCCAAGACCGGGAGAUCCGCGCCGAACUCAACAAGCAUUUUGGUCCCCCUAGCCAAGCCAUUUUUGAGGAACAGACCACCAAGACGGGCGACCUGGGGGACUACGGCCACUACAGCGAGGAGCAGUUCUCGAAGCUCUCUAUGUUUAUAAAUUCGGGACUAGCGAUGGACGGCUUUUGGGAGGACAGCGAAGAGGAAAGCGAAAAGAUACCAGGCUACACCUUAUUCGAUUGGUCACCGUCUUCCUCCCCCCUGGAUUCCCCGGGCAGAGAUCCGGGGUCUCCCCCCAACUCGUUCGCUCAACGGUUCCAAAGGCUGCGCUCUCAGUCAAGGCCUUCCCCACAGUGCAGGCAUUGUCCCCAGGCUGCGUAUUCCCGUUCGAGGUCAAGGUCGCCCGGCAAACGCUCCUCCUCAAGAUACGACAGCUACGAGGAAUAUCAGCACGAGAGGCUGAAGAGGGAAGAGUACCGCAAAGAAUACGAAAAGCGAGAAUCCGAAAGAGCAAAGCAGAGAGAAAGGGAGCGGCAGAAAGCAGUUGAAGAGCGUCGUGUCAUUUAUGUCGGGAGACUUGGAUCUGGUGCUACCAGAACAGAGCUGAGGGACCGGUUUGAAGUUUUCGGCGAAAUUGAGGAUUGCACCCUGAAUCUACAGGAUGAUGG